AUGCCUUCUGCAAUCGGGAAGAAAGCCCUUCUUCUGGGUGCAGGCUUUGUCUGUGAGCCCGCCGUCCAAGCGCUCUCCGAAGCAGGCGUCAAGGUCACCGUAGCCUGCCGCACUCUAAGUGUCGCCCAGGCCCUCACCGCAAACUACAAGUCUACCACAGCUAUCGCUCUCGAUGUAGUCAACGAGCCGGAGAACCUCUGCGCGGCCAUCUCCCAAACAGAUAUCGUUAUCUCCCUCAUCCCCUACGUUCACCACGCCCUCGUUGUCUCAGCCGCCAUCAGAUACAGCAAACCAGUCGUGACAACGAGCUACAUCUCGCCCGCCCUCUGGGCACUCGACGACCAAGCCAAGGUUGCAGGUAUAACAGUCCUCAACGAGAUCGGUCUCGACCCUGGCAUCGACCACCUUUACGCCGUAAAGACGAUUGACGAGGUCCACAAAGCAGGCGGACAAGUGAAAGCCUUCACGAGCUACUGUGGUGCUCUCCCUGCACCAGAGAACUCCGACAACCCGCUGGGUUACAAGUUCUCUUGGAGUCCUCGAGGAGGUCUCCUUGCCCUUCUGAACUCCGCACAAUGGUACCGCGAUAACGACAUCGCAACCGUGGACGGAAAGAAUCUGAUGGCUGCUGCCUCACCACAGCGCAUUUCCCCGGGGUUCAACCUGGUUGGAUACCCCAACCGAGACUCAGUCGGUUUCCGCGAUUUUUAUAACAUCCCCGAAGCACACACCGUCUUUCGGGGCACCCUACGAUAUGCCGGGUUCCCUGAGAUAAUUCGCGCGUUGGUGGCCAUUGGGUACUUCUCGCAGGAGCGAAUGGCUGUGCUGGAGAGGUUGGGUACAACUUGGGUGCAAUUGACUAUUUCCCUACUUGGACUUUCGGAGUCCUCGUCACCGAAGGAGGUUGAAAAUGCAGUUAGGCAGAAAAUUGAGGCGUUCAUCACAGACAAAGACGAUGUCGAUCGUGUAUUGUCAGGUCUACGGUGGAUUGGUCUCUUUGAUCCCACGCCUGUUGGUGGAUAUGGUACACCUCUUGACACGCUCUGUGCCGUGCUGGAGACCCGAAUGGCCUACCAGCCUGGAGAACGAGAUAUGAUCGUGUUGCAGCACAUCUUUGACAUCAAACAUGCGGAUGGUUCGGUGGAAAAGAGAUCGAGUACUCUAGUUGAAUAUGGGGAGCCUCUUGGUCCGGGGUGUCGUAGUGCGAUGGCGAAACUUGUAGGACUUCCCUGUGCUGUAGGGGUUCUGGCUGUGUUGGAGGGACGCAUUCCGGCGACGGGUAUGGUGGCGCCUUGGUCGAGUGCAGAAAUUGCCAGGCUGUUGCGGGACGAACUAAAAGAUAAAUUUGGCAUUGAGCUGAAGGAGCGGGUUAUCAUAUGA